GUUAUAGGGCAAUCAAAGUGUCAUUGGAAGUUUUGUUUUUGUUGCGUCCUCAGAAUUUUCUUUGCUGCAAAAAUCAUGAAAAUCAUUGUGAAAAGGAGCGAAAAGUGAGAAAAUUCAGUGGUUAGUGAACGUGGGAGUGCGUAAGUGAAGAUGAGUGAGGCUUAUUCGCAUCAAGUGCUUCGAACAGUUGUGGCCCAGAUUUGCCAAACAAUCGGCUGGCAUUCCAUCCAGUCCGGAACCUUGGACAUUCUCGUGGACACCGCCAAGAGAUACAUCCAGGCUCUGGGACAUGAGACGCACAGAUUCACAGAAUUGGCUCAGCGAACUGAACCAAAUCUGGAUGAUCUGGCGGAGGCUUUCAAUGACUGGCGAGUUAAUUAUGCUGACAUAAUUGAGUAUGUGAAGAAUGUGAGUCCGGAGGAAUGUGCAAUUAAAGUUCCCAAGUACCCAGCCAAGAAAGCUGACCAUCUUAACUUCCUGAAGCCUGGCAGCAAGGAAGUGAUCACCCGGCCAGUUCACAUUCCUGAUUACUUACCUCCAAUGCUGCCAGAGCAGGAGGAGGAGGACACAAAGGUUGCGGAGAAGGAGAAUCAGCGCCGAGAUGGAGAGAUCGAUGUGGUAUCAGUUUCACCAAAACAGACUCCUCCAGUCAAGACACAGCCGGAAUUUGUGGCUCCUACGGGGGCUCCCAGGGCCAGAUUUAGCACCCAAACGGGCGAUGAAGAAGUGGGAAGAGCUGUGAGGGAAAAUACCAGUGUCAUAAUGACCACAUCGGGAUUUAUUUCUCCCUCGAGGGCUGGAAAACUCCCGGAAGCCAAGCUUUCUGUGGACAUUUCAGAACUCCUGCAUCAGCUUCUUGGCCCGGAAAUCCCUCCGCCAAUGCCCAAACCCUAUCCAGGUCCUUCUGGAGCUGCCUUAGUGGCCAAAGCUUCAGUUCUGGAUCACAAAGAGGCAGAUCUGACCAGUACUCCAAUGCUGGCAGUUCCCUCGCCUCUGAACAUCGCUUCGGCCAAUCCCGAGAAGUUCGAUGUCAAAGUAAAAAAUCGAAAAACUGCAGAGAAGAAGCCUCCGGGAGAAGCCAAACCCAGGAAAAAAUCAGGGCAGGCUCAUGGGCAUCGAAUCCCGAAGGAAGGGCAGCCUAGAAAAGUCCACACUAGCAAAAAGAUGAUGCGGGUGAUGCAGGAGCAGCAGAUGAGGCAGCAACCUCCUCCACAGGACAUCCAGGUGCCCAUGGAUCUGGCCACAGUGAAGAAGAUCGCUGAGCAACCCCUGGAAGCGCCCUGCGUGGAAGGGAAGAUCAGUGCUGAACCGGAUAAACUGAAGAUGAACAUCUUCAAGAGGAUUUCGUCCAGUAAAGUGGCAGGAGUUAAGGAAGAGAAAGUGUCGCUCGUGGAUGAACCAAUAAAUCUCGAUCCGGACUUGAGGAUCAUCCCACAGACCCCAGAAUCGCCGACUGUGCCGAAGAAGAGGCAGAAUACAGGGAGGAAUACGGAGCCGAAGGAGAGGAAAAAGCCCAAGACCGAAAGGGUGUCCAAGAAGCAGAAGAUGCUGAUGAAUCAGCCACCGCUGGCGGAUAAUCCAAUGCGAUUCGAUUUCAACUUUCCUGGACAAGGUGGUGGAGAUUACCAUCCUGCUCCGCUUCCCAUGGCCAUGGAGACCAAGAAUCCGAGUGCAAUUCCUAUCUUUCCGCCGCAGCAGCACCAGCAACAGCCACCCAGGUCCUCUCCUGCUCCCCACAAUCUCUUCAACCUCUUCAACUUUUCCAGCAGUCCAGGUCUCAUUCCUCCACCAUCCCUCUUUGGUAAUCCCUUUGGCCUCCAUCCCCAGCAGCCACCGGGAAGUCUUCACUUUCCAGCUGGUGGCAUGAGGGGUCCAAAUCCCUUCAAUCUCAUGCCCCUGUCCCGCUUUCCGCCCAUCAAUCCUCCCGUUCCACCAAGUCCUCCAGCCCUGCCCAAAUCCCUGGUUCCUCCUGCUGCUCCGCCGGACAAGAGUCAGUGCAAUGUGGCUCCUCUUGUGCCGGAAUCCCUGAAACUUGAACCCCUGAUCCUCAAUAUGUCCACAAACACCGUGAGCACGUCGUCUCCGAGCCUGGAGCCCAAGCAGGAGCCCGUGAGCACUCCGCCGGAAGAGGAUGAAGAGGCCAAGAGACGGAAGAUGGAAAAGAAGGUGAAGAAGAAGAAAGAGAAGAAGGAGAAGACUAAGGACAAGGAGAAGAAGAGAGAAGAAAAAAGGGCUCUCAAGGAGGCCAUGAAGGUGUCAAAGGCCAAGGAGAAGCGAGAGAAGAAGAAGGAGAAGGAACGCAGUGAACGGGAAGGAGCAGUCACGGAGGAAAAUGUGACUAGCAUUCCGAAGCUGACGCUCAAAUUGGGAGCAGCUCAUUCGCCUAAACCAUCGUCACCGGAUGGAGGCAGGAAACUAACGAUUAAACCCAUUAAACGAGAACCUGGAAUUUCGGGUGAGACUGAUGGUGGGGAAAUGCCAGAAUUGGCGAGAAUUUCGCCUCUAGUGACGCGACCGCCGAAGCCAAAGUCUCCGAAUCAGUCAUUCGGCCAUGGAUUCUUUCAACAUUCACCCACAGGAUCGGGAUUGCCGUCCACUCCGGGUGGUUCUGGUGGGAAGGGCUUCGGAGUUUCACUUUCGGCUCCUCCUGCGGACCACAUGAAGACUCCUACAAGUUCCUUGACUCCAUUGCCAACAAGAGGACGUCCACGAGGGACGGGAAAUAAGCAGCACACGGCAACAGCCACGGCAGCUCCUGCAACUCCGGGAGUAUCACCUGGGUUGAAUUUGUCAGUGGAAACGAGUCUUCUUCCUGAAAAACUGACAAACAAUUCAGUGAGGGUGAGUGACGCUGACGGCAAUCAAGUAUGGAUUUGUCCAGCUUGUGGACGCGUGGACGACGGAACGCCCAUGAUUGGAUGCGAUGGGUGUGACGCCUGGUACCACUGGGUUUGUGUGGGUAUCCAGGUGCCGCCUGAUGCCACAGAAGAUUGGUACUGCCGCGUGUGCAUCGUGAAGAAGCAGGAGAUGCAAGUCGGCGGAGGUGGUAGUGGAUCGGAGAAGAAGAAGAAGCGCAAGAGGCGCGAUAAGAAACAGCAAGUAUAAGUUAUUUUGUGUUUUCUUUCAGUUUCUUUGCCUUUUUGACUUUAUUUUCUUUCACAAAAACAAAAAGAAAAAUUAUAGUGGAUUUAAGUUUUUAAGUUUCUAUUUACAGAAUUUUAAAUCUCCGAAAGGUUUUUGUUUUCGGAGACAUAAUAUUACAAUAGGUGUAUCAACAUAGUUGUCUAUAGUUCAAAGUAUAAUUGUAUCAAUAAAUCAAUGGGAUGUGGAGAAAAAAUACACUUCCGCAUCAAAAAUUGCA